AUGGGCCGCGUGAGCGCCAAGAGGAAGCUGAAGCAGUGCGACCCGUUCUUCAAGGGCAAGCGUGACAAUGGCAAGAAGCAGAAGGCCUACGACCUGCCGCCCACCGAGUCCAAGCGCUCCAAGAAGCGGCGUCGCAAGAUGAUGAGCGGCGACGCCAUGGAGCAGUACGUCAUGCGCACGUCGGCCGUGGACGGCGACGGCGGCGCAUCCAGCGGCAAGAAGAACAAGAAGCAGAAGCUGCAGGUCGGCUCCAUCCGCGAUGGAGAGUCCAUGCGCGACUUCAACAAGCGCAUCAGCACGGAGGUCAAGCGCGUCAUCUACGACGCCGCCAAGCAGGGUCGCCGCAGCAGCGAGAAGCGCAAGGCCUACCUGGCCAAGAAGAAGGACAAGGCGCGCGACAAGAAGAUGACGGAGCAGGAGCGCUACGAGCGCGACUACCAGAGCACGGGCAGCACCAAGAAGGACUUCUUCGAGGACUCGGCGCCCGUGCGCUUCGGUGAGCGUGUGGAUGCGCCGCCAAUUAUGCCCAAGCUCUCGGGCAUCUUCAAGAAGCGCGCACAGCAGUUGGAGCACGAGAAGGCCAAGGCCGAGAAGAAGAACGCGUUGGCAGCCGGAGCACGCGUCAUUAAGCGUGCGAAGAAGUAG